AUGUCUAGCCAGUUAAGAAUUUUGAUUAAAACAAGGUUUAUAUUUGACAAAUGUGAACAUUUUUUUUUAAUUUCCGAUUAUACAGUUUCAGCACAAUGUCCCACAACUACAACAGCGGAACCAGAAACAACAACAGAAAUAGAAACGACAACAACAGAAACAGAAACCACAACAACUGAAACAGAGACUACAACAACGGAACCAGAAACAACAACAACAGAAAUAGAAACUACAACAACUGAACCAGAAACGACAACAACACAAACAGAAACUACAACAACUGAACCAGAAACGACAACAACACAAACAGAAACUACAACAACGGAACCAGAAACGACAACAACACAAACAGAAACUACAACAACGGAACCAGAAACGACAACAACACAAACAGAAACUACAACAACGGAACCAGAAACGACAACAACACAAACAGAAACUACAACAACGGAACCAGAAACGACAACAACACAAACAGAAACUACAACAACACAACCAGAAACGACAACAACACAAACAGAAACUACAACAACACAACCAGAAACGACAACAACACAAACAGAAACUACAACAACACAACCAGAAACGACAACAACACAAACAGAAACUACAACAACUGAACCAGAAACGACAACAACACAAACAGAAACUACAACAACGGAACCAGAAACGACAACAACACAAACAGAAACUACAACAACGGAACCAGAAACGACAACAACACAAACAGAAACUACAACAACGGAACCAGAAACGACAACAACACAAACAGAAACUACAACAACGGAACCAGAAACGACAACAACACAAACAGAAACUACAACAACGGAACCAGAAACGACAACAACACAAACAGAAACUACAACAACGGAACCAGAAACGACAACAACACAAACAGAAACUACAACAACGGAACCAGAAACGACAACAACACAAACAGAAACUACAACAACUGAACCAGAAACGACAACAACACAAACAGAAACUACAACAACACAACCAGAAACGACAACAACACAAACAGAAACUACAACAACACAACCAGAAACGACAACAACACAAACAGAAACGACAACAACACAAACAGAAACGACAACAACACAACCAGAAACGACAACAACACAAACAGCCACAACAACAACA